UGGGAGAGCUAGAGAGACAAAACAAAAGCCACACAUUUCAACCAACAGGCGCGGGUCGCUUUUUAUUUUUUAUGUGUUAACCAAAAACAAAACGGAUUCCUUCUUUGUACUAAUUAGUAUUUAACAGCAAUAUUUUCCACAAGUUUUGCAACAUGCCCAGUAGCACGUCUUUGCUGGAGGCCGACGAGGGAGAGUCCGAGCUCCCUCCGCCGCUAGUGCACGCUUUCGCCGGUAUGGGCCUUGAGGAGCACAACGGCAGCCAAAGCCAGACAUCCGAACAACCAGAUGAAAGCCUCUCUUUUCUCCACCACCACCACCACCACCACCAAGUUUCUCAUUUUAACCUCCUCGGUACCGUCCUGGACUUGAAGCCCCUGCCUCUGCAUCGGCCUCCUUCGGGAGAUGAAGUGAACAUCACGGCCGAGGACGAAGAGCUGGAAGUUGUAGCCGCCGACUCAGGCUCGUUUCUGGGGCAGGCCCAUCGCCCCAAACAUCUCCCAUCGGGGCCGGGUGGCUCCAUGUUGCCGCCCGGGAUGGACCCGCAGCACGUCGAGACGGUCCUGUUGUACAACGGGGACGAGCUGGACGAUAAUGUGGCCGGCGGCUGCGCCCUGCCGCCGGGUAGCAGCAUGGCGAUGCUACCGCCCGGCGUGUACGCGGAGCCGGGCUACGAGGCCGAGGCGGCGCUGUUGGCUCGGCGGAAAAGCGUCAACACCACCGAGUGUGUGGCCGUGCCGAGCUCCGAGCACGUCGCAGAGAUCGUGGGCAGACAGGGCUGUAAGAUCAAGGCGCUCCGAGCAAAGACCAACACCUACAUUAAGACGCCGGUGAGGGGAGAGCAGCCUGUCUUUGUUGUGACGGGGCGCAAAGAAGAUGUGGCCAUGGCUAAGAGGGAGAUCAUGUCGGCAGCCGAGCACUUCUCCCUCAUCAGAGCCUCUCGCAACAAGACGGGCCCUCUGUCUGCUGCAACUGGUCCAGGGACCCCGGCUCUUCCUGGACAGACAACCAUUCAGGUGCGGGUGCCAUAUCGUGUGGUCGGGCUGGUCGUGGGUCCAAAAGGAGCAACCAUUAAACGCAUUCAGCAGCAGACCCACACUUACAUUGUGACACCGAGUCGCGACAAAGAGCCGGUGUUCGAGGUCACCGGGAUGCCGGAGAACGUCGACCGGGCGAGGGACGAGAUAGAGGCGCACAUCGCCCUCCGCACGGGAACCUGCGGGGGCAUCGAGGCUCCUGGUGUGGACAACAAUGACUUUCAAUUCAACGGGACCGACGUCAGCUUUGAGAGCUCUGUUACCCGCGCUGGCCUGGGGGAUGCCAGUUGGCUGCACGCUGCUGCAUCAUCACCCAGUGGGGGCGCUGCUGCUGCUGGUGGUGCUGGUGGUGCUGCUGGUGGUGCUGGUGGUGCUGCUGGUGGUCUGCUGCCAGUGAGCAUCAACGGUACUCCACGAAUCAAUAGCAAUAUUAACAGUGGUGUCAGAAUGUCUUCCAACUACCGCAACGACAGCUCCAGCUCCCUGGGCAGCGGCUCCAGCUCGGCUGAUUCUUUCUACGGCGGCGGAAACGCCAAUCGGAUGGCAGAUUUCAGUCCAACCUGUGCGUUCAAUGCCAACGCUAACAACAACAACAACAGUAACGGCAGCGCUAGCUUCUGGUUUGGCGACAGUCUCCUUCCUGUGGGGUCCGAGGAGCUCGUCAGCCUGGGAAGCGGAGGCUCCUCCUCAGGGUUCGACCCGUUAACCAUCUCCACCGCCCAGGCCUCGCAACCUGCUACACAGCCACAAAUCUGGAGCCCCUUCGUGGACCAACAACCCCUCCAGGCCCUUGAUGCUCGCCAGUCUCAGACCAGCCAGCCUGGAACCCCUCGGCUUUCUCCAACGUUCGGCACAGAAGCCUUGGAGCACCCUCAGGCCCAGCGCGUCCACCGGGGGGCUUUUGGCUUGGCAGGAGCCCUCGACGCCCACAGGUUCCCCUCCUACAGCUCGGCCUUCUCCUCUUCCAGUGAAAGCACCGCCUCCUCCUCCUCCCCUCCCGAGUCCUCCCUCUCCUAUCGACCAGGGCUGGGAUCAGCAGCGAGAGGACAGGAAGUGUGUAUCCACUGCAUGGAUAACCAGGUGAUCGCCGCCCUGGUUCCCUGCGGCCAUAACCUUUUCUGUCUCGAUUGUGCCACCCACAUAUGCCAGGGUCCAGACGCUGUUUGCCCUGUGUGCCUGUCCCCGGUCACACAGGCCAUCCAGCUCCGCAACAUGUGAGUUUGAUCCACUCGGCUCAUGUGGCGUAAACCACCCAAACACUUCCAACGUGUGUGUGUGUGUGUGUGUGUGGUAAUUACAAAACAGACCCCAAACCGUUUCUUGGUGUGUCAUCUCCCCAGUUUUGUUCAAGCGGCCGUUUUGGUUGACAAAGACGGGAAUGAAUAAGGAAUAAUGUGUAUUCAGGGCAUGGGUCAGGGUCUUCACCCCGGUCAUGCGCCUGUUAUUGUGAAGUCUUCUUCCAUGAAUGAUUGAUUGAUCAACGGGAGGGUUGGAACCCUCUGUGUA